GGCGGAGAAAAUGCGCAGUAUUUUCUGCGCAUGGUUCAAUCCAAGAUGGCGGCCGCCAGAGGACUGUUGAAGACGUCAUCACGGGGCGCUUUUUCUUUGAAAAUUCGAGCGUCAUGUCCUACCAGAUCAUACGCAACAGCUGCACCUGCCGCACGCAGGCAAGAUGAGAGGUCAUCUGUUAUCAUUACUGAGAAUGAUCCGGACAAGCACUUAAACAGUCACCAAGGAUUCUUCUAUUCUGUUCCUCAAGAAUCUCUUGAUAACAUCCUCACCCAUGUGCUGCCCAAGAGAUUCCUCAAACAGAGUGAAAUACUUGGAGGUUCAUAUCUCAUGGUGAGGAACCCUGCGCUCAGUGUGAUCAAGAAGCUGAAAAAGCAAGGGAAUAGUCAAGCACCAACCCGAUUUGUGCUCCAUGGUGACGCAGGUUGUGGCAAGACACUAACACUAUCUCAUAUAGUACACUAUGCGACAUCUGCCGGCUGGUUUGUCUUGCUAGUGCCAAGUGUAUUCAGCUGGGUGCAUAGCAAGAGAGGUGUCCAAAUGUCAAAAUCACGCGAAGAUCGGUUUGACCAGCCCGAGGAGGCCGCAUCCUGGCUAAGGACGAUAAGAGCCAUCAAUGGACCCUUCUUGGCAAAUAUGCAGGCAAGCCAGCAGUAUGAGUGGGGAAAGCUGGACAGUACUAAGAAAGGAGAACCACUUAUUAGCGUCAUUGACCAGGGCCUUAAAAGGAUUAACUAUGCGCCAGAUGCUGUGGGCGUGGUCCUGAAGGAAAUAAAGCAGGAGCCAGGUUUGAAGAUUUUGUAUGCUGCUGAUGAGUACAAUGGCUUUUUUGGAAAAACUUCAUUCAAGGACUCGAAGCAAAAAUGGAUUCAGCCGCAGAAUCUCAGUCUUGUUCACCACUUUACUAAAUUGAUAGACCCUAAAGAUGGGCUUAAAUCAGCUGCUAUGGUCUUUGCGUUGUCCCGUACAGGCAUAGAGAAAAACCGCAACAAGUCUUCAGAUGUGAAAGAGUUGCUAGGGGAGGAAGGUGAGGAUGUCACAUCACCUUACACCAGUAUACAUGUUCCAGCCUUUUCCAUGUCUGAGCUUGAGAACUUUGUGCGUCUGUACCAGCAGCGAGGGGGCUUCCAGAAGGACUUGACAUCUAGCUUACUCCACGAGAUUGCACUGCUAACUGGUGGGAGCGGCCAUCUUGCCAGCCUUCUUUGUGGACCAAGAUAGCAGAGACAUGCAUCAAAUAGAGUGCAAAACAAGGCUGUUAGGUAUGGAGCAGAAAGCUGAUAAGGGAUUUGUACAAUAAAAAAUGCUAGGUAGGCUUAAAGACUCUCUUCCAAAUAAAAAACACUCAGCAUAAGCUAAAAUCCCAGUAUCUUUUUAUAAGAAAUGUGUAGUUCCAGAAAAUAUCCAUAACCCCCCCCCCCCCCCCCCAUUAAGGGGAUUUGAAAAUUCCGGGGGGGGGGGGGGUGGGGGGCUCAAACGCCCAGGAGUUUCCAGAGGGGAUGGGAGUAAAAUGCCCUUUUUCCUUAACAGUUACUGUAUUUAUUUUUUCUAGGGGGUUGGAAAUUCCAGAGAGGUGGGCUGUCAUACAUCCGUCCCCCUCAAUAGGGGGAGGGGGUAUGGAUAUUUUCUGGAACUACACAAUAGACAAAUUCAAGCGCCUCAACACAAGGCAAAAAGAUGGCAAAAUAGUAUUAGAAAUGAUAUUAAACUAUGCAAGAAAAAAAUGGGUUUUUAAUACAUAGUGGGUGCCACUGUUCAUUUACAACAUAAAAAAACCUUAAUAAAUAUGAAAAAAAAUCCUAUUGUCCUGAAUUUCUCGAUGGUACCCAUCGAGAACUACAUAUGUUACCACUGAUAAACAUAGAAAAGAAGCAAGAAGUUUUGAAGUAUUGAAUUCAUAAGUUGUUAAAGAUAUCUCAUAUAUCACAUGGUCUCCUAUGGUUUUUUUAGAAUAAAAUGAUUUUUUAAUAAAAUGUUCUCUCCUCUAA